AUGUCGGGCCCCAUGUCCGUUGUGAACGGCUCUGCGGUAGUUUCCGCAGAGUCAGACUCCAAAUCACGGUUGGUGAUGGCUCCUCCUGCACGUGAUGCGGGCGAUGAUACUGACCCUGGUGCCUUGAUUUCUUCGUCGUAUAUAGAUAAGAAUCCAGAAGAGCUUCCUGAGAAAGAUGCCCCCGCCGUUGUGGAUGCCAUUCGCUCCCUAGCCGACUCGGAUGAUGACAGUCGCGUGGCAACUGAAGAUGAAGUCUGCGAUCUUCUCCAUGUUGUGGACAAGAUCCCUGUCCGACUGUGGGUGGCAUGCAUCGCGGGUAUCUUGGAACGCUUUGUAUGGUAUGGGGCGACGGCCCCUCUGCAGAACUACCUGCAAAAUGCCCCCGGCGGCGAGGUACCCGGCGCUUUGGGCCUCGGCCAGGCAGCUGCAUCCAAUAUUGUGAACGCACUGAUCAUUGGGUCCUAUAUUAUGCCAGUUCCAGCGGCUGUGCUCGCUGAUAGUUUCUUGGGCCGAUACAAGACCAUGCUCUACUCUGCCAUCAUUGAGGCCAUCGGGGCAACAAUUUUAUUUGCGACGUCAUUGCCCGUCGCUAUUCAUGGGGGAGCUGCUCUUGCAGGCGUGAUUGCUGCCUGUGUGUUACUGGCUGUUGGAUCAGGGGCAUUCAAAACCACGGUGGUCCCGUUUAUCGCCGACCAAUAUGAUGCAACCGAGUUUCGAAUCCAGACCAGGAAGAAAGGAGAGAAGGUUGUCACCAGUCGUGAGCUAACCAUUACGUAUAUCUACAAUGUGUUCUACUGGGCUAUUAACGUGGUGGGUUUCGUGGCCGAUGCUACGCCGCUGUUGGAAAGAUAUGUUGGGUUCUGGCUCGCCUACUUGAUACCGUGCUGUCUCAUGUGGUUGGCCCUUAUUCCAGUCCUUCUUGCCGCAAUUACUUUGGUUGUGGCUGCCCUGCGCUGUGGAAUUUCCGGGGGCUUUCGAAUGGAUGCUGCCAAGCCACACGCCCAACUUCAACACGGUCGCGUAGUUCCUUGGACGGAUUCUUUUGUUGAGGAUAUCAAACGAAGUCUUCUAACAUGUCAAGUAUUGCUGCUAUUCCCCAUCCACUGGCUAUGCUAUAACCAGACCUUCAACAAUUUGAUUUCCCAAGCUGGGCAGAUGGUCACCUACGGUAUUCCCAACGAUAUGAUGAAAAUCGCCGGGGCCAUCUCCGGGAUUAUUGUGGCACCAAUAAUCCAAAAGGGAUUGUACCCUUGCCUAACAAGGCGAAAGGUGGCAUUCGGACCGAUUGCACGCAUGACAGUCGGAUUCAUCGUCCUGACCCUCUCCAUGGUCUAUACCACCGUGGUUCAAAAGCUCAUUUAUCAGACAGGACCCUGUUACGAGGCACCGCUCGCGUGCCCGGGCUCGCACGACAGCACGGUGCCCAACCAGAUAUCCGUCUUUCUCCAGAUCCCUAUCUAUCUUGGAGGUGCCCUGGCGGAAGUGUUUUGUCUUACCACGGGAACCGAGUAUGCCUAUAACCACGCCCCUAAGAGUAUGAAGACACUGGUGCAGGCGAUCUGGCUGGCGAUGGCUGGCAUCGGGACGUGCCUCGCCCUGGCGUUUACCCCGUUGACCAAAGAUCCACAUCUAAUUACCAUGUAUGCUAUUUUGGCGGGGCUUCUGGGUGGUGCGACCGUCUUGUUGUGGGUGCUGUUCCGCCAUUUGGACAAAUCCAAAGAUGUCGGCGGGAUCAAAACUGAAUUCAGACGGAAUGAAACGAUAGACACCGGUAGCGGCAGCAGCAUCCAUAAGGUGGAUAUGGGAAUCACCGUCUAUGCUGACAGUGCAAUCUAUGACCGCAUCCUGUCCCUUGACAGCCUCGGAUAG